AGUCCGCGUCUACGUGCCACGGUGCCAGUGUUACGUCGUAGCCAUAGCAACGUCCAGAGAGUGGCUCACAGAAGGAGGAAAGUCCAGUUAAAAAGUAUUUUGCAAUUAUUUUGGCCCCAGUUCCGAACGAAACUAUUGAUAAUGGGAGACGAGGAUAGAUCUAUGGAGGCGGAGAGGGAGAAGGAAACGAUGACGGUUCAUCGCUGUCCUCCGAUCCACCCACUGCCUGAAGAAAUAAAAAAGAUGGAGCGCAGUGAGACAGUGUGCCGCUACUGUGGUGUAAGCUACCUCAUCUACCACGAGUUCCAUCAGCUCAACAACCGACUGGCCCAGUUGGAGAAAGAGCUCCAGGAAGUGAGAGAGAGCGCCGAGCGAGAGAAGGCCCAGCGAGAGGCACUGGAGCUGGGCAGGCUGGAGUGGGAGAGGGCACUUGACCUGGAGGUGCGGAGGAAAGCCGAAGAGACAGAGCGCAGCGUGAGGGAAGAGCUGGAAGAAAAGAGCAGGGACACGGGGAGACUGCUGAGAGAGGAGUUUGAAGCAAAACAUGAAAGGAAGAGGAGAGAGAUGGAAGGGAACUAUCAGAAAAUCAGCGGAGAGAAAGAAAAACAACUCCGAAGAGAGCUGGGAGACUUAGAGGUGGAGAGACUGAGGAGGCAGAGGGAAGAGCUGGAGAGGACGAGUGUGGAGAGAGAGAACGGUCUGAGUGACGCACUUCAAAAGGCCAAUCAAAAUUCAGACAUGCUGGGGAAAUACCUCAGACAACUGGAGGAGAGGCUGGAGGCUGCGGCUUCCAGGAAGGACGAGGCGGAGCGGUUACUCAGAAAGGAGAGAGAACAAAGGGAAAUUCUCAGAUCUGUGGAUAUCAGCACAAAAGAAACUGAAGGUGUGUAUGUUCAGCAGGGGAAGGCCCUGCGAGCAACUAUCUCCAUACUCCACACCUCUGGCAGCGAGCUCACUGAUGUAAAGGGUUUCCUCAACCAGCUGAUGGGGGCCUGGCAGGCCUUCAAAUCUCAGAUACUGCAACACAGCACACAGGCGUUCUCAGUGCUGAAAGAGAAGCUGAAACAUUCCUGUGAGGACUUACAGAAAAUGAGAGACGAGAGAGAGAAGCUAACUCAGCAGCUGAUGAAAUGCCCAUGUUCCACGUACUGCCUGCUAAGCUGCAUCAACAGAGGAUUUGAGGUCCAGUCAAGGAGUUGGGACUUAGGAGAAAAAAUAUGCCCCCGUGGCCCUUUUCCAUCGUUAAUACCUAAAAACUGCAGAUACAAAUAUACUCACACCAAGAACCACGGGUACAACGUAUACUCUUUAGCUAUAGCUUUAACAAUCCACAUAAAUAAGGGCUUUUCAAACCUCUCAUUCUCAUAUGACAACCGGUCAGCCCACCACCAUAUGACACCUAUUGGAUGGAUAGCCAUGAGAUUGUUAACAGACAUUCAAGGUUUUCAGAGGAUUCAAUCUUUGAAUCAGUCUGAGAAAUCUCCACUUUUUAAAAACUGGAAAGUAAAUCAAAGCACACCACAGGAACCUAUAAGUACUUCAGUUUGGAAAGGCAGACUUAAAGCCUCUUUCUUAUUCACAGAAGUACUUACUCCAUGCACAGAAUAUAUGCAUGUGUUUUUGUCUGUUGUCAGCUCACUCUUUACUAUUUACACGAGGACAAAAUGGCUCAAGCUCAAGAGCUGUUUUCAGACUUGCCACAUAUCACGUAUGAUGAACACAAUAGGAAAUUGUGCCAGUCAGACUUGUUCACACCAGCAGGAAGGACAUUUUACUAGAGGGCAACAUUUGCGGACAUUUGCAAUCUGGCAACCAGCUCCUCCGGAGUUUCAGGGACAUGUGCAAACUUCAGUGCCUGAAAGCAGCAACGGUCUGGUUUUGCUAUCCAUUGAAUUACAAAUGGAUAAAUUGUUCUAUAUUCGGACAUAUCUUGACAUUGGUUUGCAGUGUAGUGGAAACUUUUUUCAUGUCCCACUUUAGUUAGCCUGUUAACACAGAACACUUUUAAUCAUGUUUUAAAAAUUUAAAAAAGGUUUCAACUUUGACACACAAAUGGACAAAUAUCCACAGGAACACACUAGCAGAUACACAGAGACACAAACACCCCCCCCACACAGACAGGGAGUAAAUGUUAAAUGUUGCGUCCUAUCUGAUAAUCAAAGCAUUAAAGGACUACUUGACCUGACAGAUCACAGAUGAAGCACUCAUUUAUUCACUAAUGUUUCCUCCUCCUUCCUCUAUAAACUCCUCAUCAGUCUCUGUUUCUCGCUCCCACAUUUGUUUGGUCAUACACUUUGUUUUUGACCUGUAGAAAUUACAGCUUUUGCUCCGGUUUUCCUUUUCUCUCAUUUUCCUAAUCAGAUUUAAAGUGCCGUCAGCUUCAGUUACUGGGAAGACUAUCUCACAUGUGGCGUGGUGGAUUCUGAAUGUGUGUGUAUAUACAUGACUUGUGUUUAUGUUGAAAGGUUUUUUUUGUGUGUGUGUGUGUGUGUUUCAGUCACUGGUUAGUGUUGUUUGCAAGAUACAUCUAGAUAAAUGUGCAGCAAUUUCUGAAAACAAUUUGUAUUUAAACUCAUCAAUGGUUUCAGAGUAUUUAAUAUUAAUAACACAAUUUUAUGACAUAAUCGUGGAUACAGAUCAGACUGUGGGUAUUUUGUACAUCGCAAAGAAUGUCAUCCUGUUUCACUCACACAAACAGAUAACGUGAAGACAUUUUGAAUGUUGUGUUAAACCAAUAAAACAUCUGUUUUUGGUUGCAAGAUAAUUCAAGUUAUAGUUAUUGCACAAUAAACAUCAUGGACUAUCAAGAUAAUGUUAUGUCAAGCUAGUUUGCCCUUUAAAAUCUCUCCCCAAUCCAGUUCUAGGUAAAGAUCGGUGCUCAGCCAAAAGUUUCAGGAACCUUUACUGACCCCCCUAUCCUCUUACA